CGAAAAUUUUAUCAGUAAAGGUGUGUUAGCUGUGUUUUAGGUUUUGCUUUUCCUUAUUUAGAUAGACAAGAUGAAGGUCUUAUUUGCUGCUGUGUUAUGUGCCGUGGUGUUUAGUGUUUACGCAGACGAUUGCCCGGCUGGUUUAUGCAGCAGUUCCGAAACAUGCUGUGCAGGCCCAAUGCCUGGUGUAUUCGGCUGCUGCCCUGAACCUAAUGCUGUCUGUUGCUCAGAUGGGUUGCACUGCUGCCCUGCAAAUACAGUUUGUAACCUCGAUAAAAAGCAGUGCGACAACAAAACAAACAAUUUCCUUUCUCUCCUAUCCAAGAAAGAGAAACAACGUCCAAUGUUAAAAGCGAAAGCUGCUGAAGUUCAGCAAGCAGAUAAAGUGGAAAUCAUUUAUUGCCCAGGUGGACUGUACUACUGUCCAGAUGGUAACACUUGCUGCCUCUUACCUUCUGGUCAAUAUGGCUGCUGUCCAUAUCCAUCAGCUAUGUGCUGCAGUGACAAAAUACACUGCUGUCCAUACGGCACCCACUGCGAUGCAACCUCACAAUACUGUCUUUCAAGUGAAGGCAAAUUCAAAGCAUUGUUUAAAAGAAGAGCUUUUCCAAUGAAGUAGUGAAAAGUAGUAAUAAACCUGCCAUCUAAAAUAACUUCCACCUAAAAGUAAACAGAGUUAUUGUUAUUUGAAUUAUUUUCUCCAAUUUCUGCUUUUGUUGCUCAAUAAAAUAUACCGUUUAUUACCUUA